UGUUUUAUUCCAAUAGUUGAAAAUAUUCAAUAAUGUCUCGUUUACAAGCAUGCAGAGUAUGCUUGGCACGUCAUAGCCGUAUGUAUUCAAUAUUGAAUGGGCCACUUCAACAGAUUUAUGAAUAUAUCACUGAAAUUCCGCUUGUAAUGGGUGACAUAUGGCCAACAUGCAUAUGCUACAUUUGCUACCAUAUGAUGAGAAAAUUCAAAAAGUUUAUAGAUAAAUCACUAAAGGCGAACGAGCUCCUGUUGCAACUCAUCAGUUCCGAGUCUGAGAUCACCAUGGAUACACUAAAUUUGAUUGUGAAUCGACAACCUGAUAUCGCUUGGAACUUUUCUGUGUCACCGAUGGAGAGUAUAAUGCUUAUAGAUCCAGAAGAGGUUAAUCUGGAGGCUACUUUCAAGGUUGAGAAAGUGAAGUCUGAAGCGGAUGUUGAAGAGAUGCAAGAUCAAAUUGAUACAGGAGCAAAAGUGCCCGAGAAACGUAAGUUGAGCAACGAAAUAGACAAUGAGUUCCAAGUUAACCCUCCAAAUGCGUCGAGAACAACCAAACAAAACAGGGGAACAAAAAACGAAGCUCAAAUUGGUGAUCCUAAUAGAAUAACAGAAUUAAAAACUGACGACAGUCUCUCUACACCAAACAUUUUCACAAAUAGUUACAAAAACGACAAUGUGGUAAAGAACGAACACAACAAAAUCAUAAAUCAUAAAGAAACUUUUAUAUGUGACAUCUGUAAAAAUAUAUUUUUUUGUAAAAACCAAUUAGAAAGUCAUAUAAAUAAAUCACAUACUGAAAUUAUCACCAUACCUAACAAAAAUAAUACCAUGUCUUAUGAAAUAAAAUUAAAUGAAAAUAAAAUCAAAUUAAAGAACAACACUGGUUCUGUAAUGAUAAGCAACUGUGGACAUUCGAUAAAUAAACGCGACAGUAAGACUGGUCUGAAACAAACACCGUAUAACGAUAGUACCUGUGAUAAAAGAUUUACUGUAAAUAGUAAUUUAGCCACACAUCAAAGAAUUCAUACGGGAGAGAAACCUUAUAAAUGUAACGUCUGCGAUAAAAGAUUUACUGAUGGUAGUACUUUAUCCAGACAUAAAAUAAUUCACACGGGCGAGAAACCUUAUAAAUGUAACGUCUGCAAUAAAAGAUUUACUCUAACUAGUAAUUUAUCCAAACAUCAAAGAAUACACACUGGAGAGAAACCUUAUAAAUGUAACGUCUGCGAUAAAAGAUUUACUGCAAGUGGUCAUUUAAACAGACAUCAAAAAAUUCACACGGGAGAGAAACCUUAUAAAUGUAACAUCUGUGAUAAAAGAUUUACUGAAAGUGGCGCUUUGUCCAAACAUCAAAGAAUACACACAGGAGAGAAACCUUAUAAAUGUAACGUCUGCGAUAAAAUAUUUACUCUAAACAGUAAUUUAGCCACACAUCAAAGAACUCACACAGGAGAGAAACCUUAUAAAUGUAACGUCUGCGAUAAAAGAUUUACUGCAAGUGGUCAUUUAAACAGACAUCAAAAAAUUCACACGGGAGAGAAACCUUAUAAAUGUAACAUCUGUGAUAAAAGAUUUACUGAAAGUGGCGCUUUGUCCAAACAUCAAAGAAUUCACACGGGUGAGAAACCUUAUAAAUGUAACAUCUGUGAUAAAAGAUUUACUAAUGGUAGUAAUUUAUCCACACAUAAAAGAAUUCACACGGGGGAAAAACCUUAUAAAUGUAAUGUCUGCGAUAAAAGAUUUACUGCAAGUGGUAAUUUAUCCAGACAUGAAAGUAUUCACACGGGAGAGAAACCUUAUAAAUGUAACGUCUGUGAUAAAAGAUUUACUAAAAGUAGUGAUUUAUCCACACAUCAAAGAAUUCAUACAGGAGAGAAACCUUAUAAAUGUAACGUCUGUGAUAAAAGAUUAACUAAAAGUAGUGAUUUAUCCACACAUCAAAGAAUUCAUACAGGAGAGAAACCUUAUAAAUGUAACGUCUGCGAUAAAAGAUUUACUACAAGUUUUAAUUUAUCCACACAUCAAAGAAUUCACACGGGAGAGAAACCUUAUAAAUGCAACGUCUGCAAUAAAAGAUUUACUACAAGAUUGUGUUUUACACAGGCACCAAGAAAUUCACGAAGCAGAGAAACCUUAUGAAUGUAACAUCGAUAAUCAAUCAAUCGUACAAUUACAAAUUACCAAACGAAUGUUCUUCAAUCUCGUGGUGUAAUAUUUCAAAGGUUCCAGUCUGAAACGCGUUCUAAGCGGCAGAGGCAGCCUUAGGGGGUCCCGCGGUCUCGCUUAACAACCAAAAUCCAGUCCAAUCCGAGGUAGGCAAAAACUGAAUGAAGUUGGAAUGACUACAUAAAUAUGAUUACACUAGAUAAACGUGAUUUUAAUAAAAAAAAUGCAAGGAGACAGUCGUAACUCAGCAUAGAUCCUGUUGCGUAGACACUUAAUACACAAAACUGCACCAAUUUUGAUGACAUUAUUUAUAGCAUUUAUUCACUCCUUGUAACGAUACACUACCCAAACCCCCAUAUUAAUAAACGCCGAAUAAGCAUUGACUAGUAACGCCGUGUUUUGUUUGUUCACAUCACUCAAAUGCCAUUUAUAAUAAUAAUAAUAAUGAAUUUUAUUUUCUCAUCACAAAAGGUUUUACACACGUUCCAAUGUAAUCAUAACAGUGAAGGCACAAAUGAUAGGUUUGUGUGAGACUGAUGCCUGAGAUAGGUUUGGUAACAUACCUGU